AUGCAGGAAGGAACGGUGAAAGCAGAUGAAGAGUCAUGGACGCAAACGUUGAUAACCAUAACCCCCCAAGAAGAUGCUGGGAUUCGCACAAUAACUGAAACAACAUUGAUAUCGGGGGCGAGCGACACUCCCCUAGUCUUGGGCGUCGACAAUGUGAUGAUCAGACGCAAUGUGCAGCUCAAAACGAUGAGACGGGACUUAUUGAUAACUAUUGCAGAGUUAGAGAAACGGAUAAGUUGCAGCGAUGUGGAAUGUCAAACUUACCUUCGGGGUGUACCCAAAGUCGAAUUGCCGUCCCAGUAUAAAGAUGAAGCAACGCAGACAAUGUAUUUGGGAAGAAUAUGUCCACACGAUCACAAUUUCGAGGAUAUCGCAAGUAAUCACAUAUUAUAA